UGCCGGAAAUUGGAGCUAGUUCACGUUAGCCUUUCGCAAUUUAGACAGCGUUGUAACGAUGUAUAUAUCGACAUUUUCCCCAUCGUCGGUACCGACACGCAAUCCUGUAAUCGCCUAUGUGACCUUUCAUGCGUAAAUAUUAUCCCGGAAUUGCGUAUGUACUCUUAGUGGCACCGAGGGUUGUUUCGCAAUGAAUCCCUCACGUAAAACCAGGGAUGCAAGAGGAGAGAUUUUUAUUUACGGUUUAGGCGCCUAUCGGUCUACAUACGACUGAAUACAAUGACGACGCAGACUUCCUGCACGAAACAUCAAAGCAACGCCGGACUGUGCUGCACAGUUUCUGAAACCGGUUGAGCGGGCAGCCGCCGUUAUAGCCGCACUGAGCUGCACGAGGUUCUACAUCGCUUUGUUUCGCAGUUCCUUCUCACUGACGGAAACCCAGGCAUCUGCCAUCAGAGCUGGCCAUCAGACAAAUAUGGCAGCACGAACAAGCGCCUUUGACUACUGGAAAAGAAAAGCCGACAAUCGUCAAUCCUAUGCACCGGUACUCGAUCAGAAUCCCGCCAAACGCGAAUGGCAAAUUCGUACAGCGGCCUCACGGUUAACGCCCAUCAGUUCGAGUGUCAGCGGCAGUCGUUUAACUCUCCUUAACUCCGCCCAGCCAGCAUCUAGCGGGGUCUGCACGCCGGCUCAUUCCACAACAUCGUCAGCACUCUUUGAAUCCUUAGAACCAGAUCAAGUGAUAGCCACUUUACACCGGUCACCUACUAACGGAAAUGUUUUUACCGCAUUGAGAAAAAAACUGGCCAGUAAGAAUCCCAAAGACAAAUGGAUCGAUGCAUUCUGUAAGGCGGAUGGUGUACACUUUCUCAUGGAUACAUGGAAAACAUCCCGCGACAAACCACUACAAAAGCUAUCCGAUGCGUACUUUCAAAGGGAAUGUAUGGAAUGUCUCAAAGUAGCCAUGGAAUCGCCGGUAACUUUGGAUUACAUUAUCGAAGAUGUGGAAAGCCAACAGAAACUUUUAAUUGCACUGGAUUCUUCCAAUGCGGCCGUAAAGAAGCAAGCUAUGGAUUUACUUUCGUCGUUAUGCGGGCAUAACCAAGAAGGAUAUCAAAAAGUUCUGGACACGUUUGAGCGCUACAAAGCUGAGAAGAACGACGGUUCGCGGUUCCAGUUGUUGGUGGAUGAGCUGCGGCAGGCUAAGACGUCGGCGUAUAAGACCACGUUGAUCGCUCUCAUCAACGCCAUCAUCUGCAACAACGAGGCAUUACGAUCGCGGAUCCGUAUUCGCAAUGAAUUCUUAGCACUGAAGGUGCAUGACGUACUGGCCCAGAUCCGCAGUGACGCCAAUCCGGACGACGCCGAUCUCUUCGUGCAGCUGGACACUUUCGAUGAGCAGAAAUUCGCCGACGACGCCAAUCUCAGCAGCCCCGACGGGCUCGAUCUGACCAAUGUCAUGGACGUGUUCCAUGCUGUUCUUGCUCAGGUGGCAAAUACCCCACAGGAAGCCACUUUUCUCAACCUGCUCCAGCAUCUGCUGCAAGUGGACCCCAACGUUCCACUGGGCAACACGGUGUGGUCCACCGCGGAGAAGCUGGUGCACCGCGCAUCCUUACUGGAAACCAAAGAAGACGCCGACCUCCUGCUGCGUCCACCGGUGAAUGUCAAUGUGCUGCAUAAUAAAGUGGAACGGCUGAAGAGUCAGCACGAUCUGACAUCCCCCAGCGCUUCGUCGAUGCACCUCCCGUCCAGCGAUCCACCCGUUCCUGCAGCGGAUACAGCCCCGGUGUCCGCGCGUCGCUCCCCCCCUCCGCCACCGCCUCCACCCCCGAUGGGCGGUGCCAUGCCCCCUGUGGGGGCCGGUGCACCGCCGCCGCCACCCCCCCCAGUUCCUGGAUCAUUCGAUUCCACUAAAGGUCACAAGGCUCCUCCCGCCCCGCCCAAAGCGCCGCUUGCUCAAAAUAGUCUGCCCAGUGUGCUCGAAGACGACAGUGUGCUGCCGCAGCAGAAUGUUCCUAAGCCGACAACCAGGUUGAAGCCCUUUAACUGGAACAAGAUCCCCGUGUACAAGGUAGUGGGACGGGAUAAUCUAUGGACCAAAACCACAUCCGGCAGGUCGGCCAGUAUUGAUUUCGGCGCCAUGGAGAAAUUGUUUGCCGCACCGCAUGCGGAGACCGAAAAGGUCAAGGAUGUGACGACGGAAAUUGAGCGCAAACGGAAGGAUUCCAACGAAAUCAAUUUAUUGGAUUCAAAGCGUAGUCUCAAUGUGAACAUCUUCCUCAAGCAAUUUAGAACCUCCCAUGAAUCAGUAAUCGAGGCAAUAAAAACCGGAAAAUGGGAGGACAAAAACGGUGCGGAAAAGCUGCUUGGGUUAAUGAGGCUCUUACCUGAAUCGGAUGAAACUGAUAUGCUACGAAACUACGAAGGCAGCAUCUCCAGAUUGGGCGCGGCAGAAAAGUUUCUCUUACGACUUGUUCAAAUACCAAAUUAUAAACUGCGAAUUGAGGCCAUGUUGUUCCACUCGGAAUAUCCAGCUACUGAUGAUUAUUUGAGAUCUUGCGUUGACUUAGUCAUAGAAACUGCGGUGGACAUUAAGGCAAGCGCUCGGCUGCAUGAAACACUGCAUAUGGUGCUUCUGGCCGGCAAUUUUCUCAAUACUGGUGGAUAUGCUGGAAAUGCAGCCGGAUUCAAACUGUCCUCCUUGUUGAAAUUGGUCGACCUUCGUUCGAAUAAACCAUCUAUGAAUUUAAUGCACUGCAUUGCGGAGCAAGCGGCAUUGACCAAUCCAUUGCUCUUAAAUUUUCCCGAUGAUAUGGAUCAUUUGCACCAAGCAAUCGAUGUAUCUACCGAAACCCUUAUGAUGGACAUCCGGGCUAUCUGCUCGAAGUGCCAAAGACUGACGGAACAGCUGGAAACUGCCGAUGCAGAAGUCAAGGAGAAAAUGCUCCCAUUUUUAGAGAAUGCAAGGAAGGAUUUGAGUGAACUUAACGAACGUGCGCUCGAGAUGGAACGGCUUCGCGUUGAGAUGGCAGAAUUUUUCUGCGAGGAUGUUACAGCAUUUAAUUUGCAAGAUUGUUUCAAGAUUUUACACGCCUUCUGCCAAAAGUUCCGGAAAGCAGUUCAGGAAAAUGAACAGCGAAAAGUGCAGGAAGAAAAAGCGGAAUCGCGUCGGUUAGAAGAACAAGAAAAACGCAUGCGCCGACAGGCUGCCGGCGAGCUGAGCGAUAGUGCUAUCGAUAGUUCGCGUUCGAGCUGGAAUACCAUGUCCAGACACUUGUCCGAGCGCAAUGGAUCAACCAGUGACAAUGAGUCUGGCUCAGUUUUCCGAAGGGAUAGCAUGCUUGACAAUGGUUAUGCAUCGGAUACCGGCGCUAAAAAGCGAGCACGACGAAUGAUCCGAUCAUCGGACGAAGACGACCUUAUGGAAUAUUUGACCCAGGGAGCAGAAACACCUUCAGCGCGGUCAUCCGCUCGGCCCCUUUUGGGAGAGCUCCUUCCUUCAUUCGGCCGUCAUUCUCUGCGUUCCCGCCCGGCCCGAUCUCACGACGCUUCCAUUGAUAGUCGCGAGCGUGCGACAAGCUCUGCUACGAACGUGGUGGUGCAGAAUGGUGGCCCACAGAAUAUCGAGGAAUGGCUACAAGCUAACGAAAGCAUGAAUGGAUCGCUCUCUGGGUCGCAGAUGCGUCUAGCACAAAUCAAGUCCGCGCCGACUUUUCGUACGGGCAACCUUCCGGCUCAGAACACUGCACCAGGGGGAUCUAAUGCUGGCCAAAAUGCCAAUGGUCUCAAAUCCCAACUGGAGCAGCCUGCGCCAGUCGUGUCUCCAGUUCGCUCUCAGCAACCGUUCCAACCAAAUCCGAUUGGUUAUGAAAGUACCGGUCGGGGUAUCGGUAGUCAAACUGCAGCUAAACCCGGUGGGGCCGUCAAUGGCAAAUGGAAUCCCGACAGUGGUGACCAGAAAACCCAAGCGAUCCAACAGCCUCGCCCGUGGGCCCCCUCGCAGACACUGGCCAAUAAGAUGCACGUGUUUGAUCCCAAAGCCGGCUGUCCCGGUGAGCCACUGGGCAGUGGCACCGCAUCACCGGCUUCGUCUUCCUCUGAGAACGUCCAACCGAUGGGUGGACGAUCGGGAGAGGAAACCGACACGGAUACGCUGAACGGCAGUGAGAAAGGCAGGAAGCAGCUGAGCAGCGCCGCGUCGCAGCGUCUACGCAAGUGGCGUCGUCUGCCGGCUACCAAUGGAAAGUCCAUUGACGAAGAAGUUCUGACGGACACUUCGCUGGACGAUGCGCCGCGAUCCACCGGGCUCAGCGUGCGAAACCAGAAUCCGUAUGACAGCGCCCGCAAACAGACGCGAACACUCCGAGAAAUGCGAGAAAGUAAACGGAAUACUGAGACGCCGUCGGCGCGCAGGGCGGCCUCGUUUGGGCCGACCGAUCGGGUGCGACGCGUGCGUGAUGUGCCAAAGUCCGACUCGGAGGAUGUGCCAAAUGGUGUGGCGACCCCAGUGAAGACUCCGACGACGGGAAUCAGUGUAUUCGAUCGGUUGUCGGCUCCGAAACGCAGCAGUCCGCCGUUGGAGCGCAGUACAGCGAUCUCGCCGGGGAAUGGGACACGGAAAUCGUCGGUGCCGUUAUUGAAUGGCAAACGGCGUGGAUCGGGUACCGGUAAGAACAGCGAUGAUAACGGAUCGGAUGAUGCCAAAUCCUGUGUGACGUCCAAGUCCCACAAUUCAGACGGGUCAUCAGCCAGUACGAACAGCUCGGCCAGUCGGGCGACCAAUCGAACGACCACGCGGGUCACUCUGUCGUCGCGAACGCCAGCCUCGUCCAUGACACGCCCCGGCGACUUGAAUAUUUCGGGUCGAACGCGUAGCGGCGCACAGAAGAAUCCCGAUGGAACGUUCACAACGCGGGUGACGGACUACACGUUGCAAUCACCGGAGUCUCCUAAAGUUGUUAAAGCUGCCUUGGUGCUGAGUGCACCUGCUACUUCGCGAAUGCGACAUUGAGGUUUUGUUUUUGGAUGCUGAUUUUUGGUUGUGAAAUAUUUUGGAGUUUUGUUUUUCUGAUAUAAGAAAUAGCCUUCCUAAUGUCUUGGAUUCUUGGGUGAACAAUGGUGAUGGGUUACAGCUAUAAAGACAGGCUCUUUCUCGAUAAUUUGUGUGUGCGGUCCAGAUUUUAAUUUGUAAAAUUUUGAUCUAUGGAAUAAAAGAAUAGUAAUUA